AUGCUGUCCCCUGUACGCUUGGUAUCUCGUCGGAUCUGCUUUCCUGAAUCUCGUGCCACGGCCAUCCUACCUCGGUCCCCGGUGUCUCAAUUCCAAUCCACUCGAAUCAUAAGAAAAAUUUCGCCAUUGCCUACGUACUCCAGGGGUUUAAAUCCUCUUUUCGUCACUCCUGUUCGAUUCUUCUCCGGUUGUCGCACUCGAUCUACUGCCAACGUCACGAACGGAAUACCAAAGAUGGGCUCUCUCGCACCUUAUCAGCGGAAGCACAAAGUCACUGUGGUGGGCUCGGGAAACUGGGGCACUGCCAUCGCUAAGAUCAUUGCCGAAAACACGGCUAGCAAUGACGGCAUUUUCGAGAAAGAAGUUCAGAUGUGGGUUUUUGAAGAGAAAGUUGAGAUACCCCAGACUUCACGUCACUACGAUCCUUCGUCGCCCUUGUGUCAGGGCCCUCAGAACUUGACAGAGGUGAUCAACAAGACCCAUGAAAAUGUCAAGUAUCUACCCGGAAUUGCUCUUCCCGAAAAUCUACGCGCCAACCCCUCGUUGGUGGAUGCUGUCAAGGACAGCACCAUCCUUAUCUUCAAUCUACCUCAUCAGUUCAUCAUCAAGACUUGCGAACAGAUUAAGGGUAACAUCUUGCCCUAUGCCCGCGGUAUUUCGUGCAUCAAGGGUGUCGACGUGAAUGAAGACGGUAUUAGCCUGUUUUCCGAGACCAUCGGCAAGACUUUAGGGAUCUACUGCGGCGCGCUCUCAGGAGCGAACAUUGCCAACGAGGUCGCCCAGGAGAAGUGGUCCGAGUCGAGCAUUGCUUACGAUCCCCCUCACAUGGAUUCCAAAGCCCCGUCUCCCACUCUUUCCCCUACUGCGUCCGAUACGGAUGUGGUUCAUUUUGAGCACAAGGAUGUCUCCGGCGAGUUCUCACAGGUUAAACUUCGGCCCCUUCCCUCUGAGUAUCCUCCCGUCGACCAUGAUGUUUUGAAAUCCCUCUUCCACCGCCCAUACUUCCACAUCAGCGUGGUUAGUGACGUUGCAGGCGUCUCCCUUGGCGGGGCUCUGAAAAACGUUGUCGCGCUCGCUGCAGGCUGGGUGGAUGGCAUGGGAUGGGGUGAUAACGCCAAAGCUGCCAUUAUGAGAGUCGGCCUGCUCGAGAUGGUCAAGUUUGGCGUGAAGUUUUUCGGCGCCACGAUUGACGCGAAAACCUUCACCGAAGAAAGUGCUGGAGUUGCCGAUUUGAUUACCAGCUGUAGCGGUGGACGCAAUUUCCGAUGCGCUAAGCUUAGCGUUCAGAGGAACCAGCCCAUUGAAAAAAUCGAGGAAACCGAGCUCAAUGGCCAGAAGCUCCAGGGCACGUUGACUGCGGUUGAAGUGAACCGGUUCCUAAAAAAGCAGCGUCUGGAGGACGAGUUUCCCCUGUUUACUGCAGUUUAUCGUGUUCUUGAGGGCUCCAUGUCUGUUGCUGAUAUUCCAUCCUACAUUGAGCGGUAA